AUGGGCAUGUUCGGCAACGCCAAAUCGCUGGCCUAUUACGAGUCCAACAAGGACGACCCCUACAUCACCCUUCAGGACGACGACGAGGACGAGGACCGCGACGACAUGCAGAUUCUGGCGACGGACAACCUGCUGCUGGCCGCCAAGAUUGAGGACGAGCUGGCUCAUCUCGAGGUCUACGUCUACGAGGACGCUGCCGACAACCUGUACGUCCACCACGACAUCAUGUUGCCCGCCAUCCCGCUGUGUGUCGAAUGGCUCGACAUGCCCGUGAACAAGCAGGGCGUCGAGAAGGACGCGACGGCCAACUUUGUCGCCGUCGGCACCAUGGACCCCGAUAUCGAGGUCUGGGAUCUCGAUACGAUAGACUGCAUGUACCCCAACGCGAUCCUCGGCCAGGGUGGCGAGGGCGCCGAGGAGAAGAAGAAGAAGAAGAAGAAGAAGGCCAAGGCCAACGACGAGUACCACGUCGACGCCGUCCUGUCGCUUGCUGCCAACAGGAAACACAGGAACCUGCUUGCUUCGGCCUCGGCCGACAAGACGGUCAAGCUCUGGGACCUGCACACGACCAAGUGCGCCAAGUCGUACACGUACCACACGGACAAGGCGAGCGGGCCCAGCAUGGUUGUCUCGCGCAAUCUGGACGUCGGCAAGAUCUUUGCGACCAAUUUUGCGCCGGAUCCGGAGGUGGCGUUCCGCCUCAGUGUGGCGGGCAGCAAGGGCACCAUGCACAUCUGGGACACCAGCACAAAUGCCGCCGUUCGUCACGCAUUCUCCGAACGCGUCGCCGUCCCGGUCAAGGAGGGUGCUGUGGAAGACAGGACAGUGGGUGUUGACUCGGACGACAGCGAAGGCAGCGACGAGGAGGAGGAGGGCGACAACGGCGCCAAGGCCGACCAAAGCGACGAUUCAAUGGAUGAGGCUUGA